GGUAAUUGUUGACUUCAACACGGCUUCAACAUGAAGUCACACAAAAUAGUAAUUCUAUUUUUAAUAUUUAUUUAUUCCUGUUGUGUUGCGUAUGAGUUGAAACAAUCCGAAAUAGCAGAUUCAAGAGAACCAAAUGAAAUACAAUCAUUCCUGAGAUUAAAACGUCAACUAGAGGAUUUAGAUAGCGACUUGAAUACUGAAGAAACACAAGAUACAAAGGAUCCUAGUUUUUGGGAUAGAAUGAUCAAAAUUGCGCUCAAUUUGUUUAGUAAAUUGGUACAGUGGUUGAAUACAUAAAUUUUAUGAA